AUGGAAACACAUCCAGGAAACCAAGUCUUGGAGCUUGGAACCAUGAGUGACACUUCUAAGAAGAGUCCCGUGGAGGACACAGUCACAGCGGAAAGACGCUCCCUUAACGAUGAGUCAAUAAAGGAGCAGGCGCAGCUCCUCGGCGCAACAGUAGAGGAGGUCAUCGAGGCCGAAGAGCAUUCCCGCACACUAGAUCUGGAUGAGGCUAAGAACCUCGCGGAAACACUCGUCCAUUUCCACGAACACGACCCCAAUUUCGGCACCCAGUCCAUCAUUCGCCUACAAGACUUUCUCAAGAACGAGGCCCUCUUUGAAAAUCCCGACAAACACGAAGAAGCCAUCUCAAACAUCAAGACCGAAAUUUCCCUCCUCACUAUCAACUCCCCCUACGCAGAAGUCCGCGCCGUAGUAAGCAACAAAGACGACCCCUCCACACCAGCAGGUACAAUUCGCGCGUGGACAAUCGGCCUUUUCUUCGUCAUCGUGCAGAGUUCCGUGAACCAGCUCUUCUCCGUGCGCCAGCCUACAAUUCGUCUUGAAGCGCCGGUUAUCCAAUUGCUCUCCUUCCCUCUUGGCCGAGCGUGGGAGAAAUGGAUGCCUGUUGGCGAGUUUGGCUGUUUUGGAGAGAGGGUCAAGCUUAACCCUGGCAAGUUCACGCAGAAGGAGCAUAUGCUUAUUUCGAUCAUGGCGAAUGUUUCGUCGAGUCUGCCGCAUUCGAGAUAUAUUAUCUUUACGAGUUGGUUGAAGAAGUAUUUUGAUCUUCCUUUUGCGGCGGACUUUGGCUUCCAGAUUUGUCUCGCGUUAUCUAUGAACCUGCUUGGAUUCGGUCUUGCGGGUCUUGUGCGUCGAUUCCUGGUGUAUCCGUCAUUCUGCAUCUGGCCUCGAUCGCUAGCAACGAUUGCUCUCAACCAAAGUCUGCAUAGUGAUUCUGGUAACGCUGGCGUCCUCGGACCUUUCAAAAAGAUCUACAACAUGUCCCGAUUUCGCUUCUUUUUCAUUUCCUGCAGCGCUAUGUUUGUAUGGUUCUGGCUCCCCAACCUCAUCAUCAAAGCCUUAUCCAUCUUCAACUGGAUCGCCUGGAUCGCACCGUUCAACUUCACACUUGCAGCUAUCACCGGCGUCUCUAAAGGUCUGGGCUUCAACCCAUUGCCGACCUUCGAUUGGAACGUCGCUACUUACUACACCGAUCCUCUCUUGGUUCCGUUCCAUGUCACCUUCAAUAUGUUUCUUGGUGCGGUUCUAGGUGGCAUCACCAUCAUUGGGCUGUACUGGAACAAUACGUUCAAUACGGGAUACUUGCCUAUCAACACGAAUACCAUGUUCGAUAACACGGGUGCCAAGUACAAUGUCUCUUCGAUUCUGGAUAGCCGCGGCUUGUUGGAUGUGGAGAAGUAUCAUGCUUAUAGUCCAGUCUAUAUCACUGCUUCAUCUCUUACAUAUUAUAUCUACUUCUUCGCUGUGUAUAGCGCAGUGAUCUCCUACGCUCUUCUUUACCACUGGCACGACAUCAAGCUCGGCUUCAGGUCUCUGAUCGAAAGCUUCAAGAAGAAUAGCAAGACCAGCGAGUUCAAGGAUAUUCAUACUAGACUCAUGGACAGCUACAAAGAAGUUCCCGAGUGGUGGUACAUGAUUCUGAACGUUGCAGGAGUUGCAUUCGGUGUUGCAGCUGUCGCAGGUUGGCCUACCAACACGAGCGUUGGUACCGUCUUCUUCGGUCUUGCUCUUGCUCUGAUCUUCACCAUACCUACGGGAAUCAUCUUCGCUACUACUGGUAUCGAAGUUGAGUUCAACGUGUUGGCUGAGUUUAUUGGAGGAGCAUGGCAGCCAGGUAAUGCGUUGGCGAGUCAGAUGAACUUCUUCAAGGGCUUUGGCUACGUUACUGUAGCUCACGCUCUCGACUUCGCCAACGACCUGAAACUGGGCCACUACCUGAAGAUCCCCCAACGUCAAACCUUCUGGUGCCAAACGAUCGCGACUAUCGUCUCCGCUUUCGUCUGCACAGCUGUCAUGAAUUUCCAGAUCCGCAUGAUCCCCAACAUCUGCGAAGCGGGCCAAAAAGACCGCUUCACCUGCCCCGGCGUCGAAUCGUACUUCACAGCAGCCGUUCUCUUCGGCUCCCUCGCACCACAACGCGUCUUUGGUAAAGGAGGGAUGUACACCGCUCUUCUCGCAGCAUUUCCUGUUGGCUUGGUGUUUCCUGUGUUAUACUACUACGCCACUCGCAAACUCCCUAAAACUCACUUCCUCACCAAGCUUCACCCCGUGGUCAUUUUCAGCGGUGGUCAUAUCUGGUCGCCGUAUAACCUGGCGUACAUUUGGCCGGCUGUUAUCCCGGGUUGGAUCUCUUGGGUUAUCGUCAGGAAGAGAUAUCUUUCCUUUUGGUCCAAGUACAACUAUGUCCUUUCGGCGGCGUGGCAGACUGGAAUUGCACUUGCUGGAGUGGUGAUUUUCUUUGCUGUUAGCUAUCAUGGGGCUUCGAUUAACUGGAUUGGAAAUGACGCUGAUAGUGGUUGUGAGGCGAAUGCUUUAUACGCCAUGGCUUCGGUUCCUCACCCGCUUUGCCCUCUAACGGGCGACGAGAUCCAAUCAACUGCUCGUCUGAUCGAAAGCGUGUGGCCACAAUCUGUUUCGCUAUCAUUCAAGGCCAUAACACUUAGCGAACCACCAAAGGAGAAGCUUGCCCCAUAUCUCCAGGCUUUGGACAGCGGCAAGACUCUUUCACCACUGGAGCGACGGGUCUUUGUGUGCUACUACGUUCGCGGAACGGCCAAUCUGCACGAGGCGAUCGUCAACUUGACGACAGGACAAAUUGAAAACAACGUCAAGCUUGGACCGAAUGUUCAUGCCAAUGCGGUUUACGAUGAGGUUCAGGAGGUUGAGAAGAUUGCGCUGAAGGAUCCCAAGGUUUUGGCUGAGUUGGAGAAGCUGAAACUUCCAGAGGGAACGGUUGUUUGCGCUGAUCCGUGGAUCUAUGGAUCUGAUGGAAUCGAGGACGACGAUCGCAUGUAUCAGGUCUUUCUCUACAUGCGCGAUCCUGCCAACUCUAGCGAAGCUGACUCGAAUCACUACGCCUUUCCUCUUCCCGUUUCGCCAGUCAUCGAAUGCGUUAACUACAGCGUGGUCCGCGUCGAUGUUCUACCUACUGGCGCCGAUGCCACUGUCAAGCCUUUGACAGCUUAUCAGCCAAAGCCCGCGAAUGAGUACAUCCCAGAGACUCAGGAGCUGCGAAAGGAUCUUAAGCCACUUCAUGUCAACCAGCCCGAGGGACCCAGCUUCUUUGUUACACCGGUUGGCGAGACUGGAAAUGUUCUUUCGUGGCAGAAGUGGAACUUCUUCGUUGGUUUCAACCAGCGUGAGGGAAUGGUGCUAUACAACGUCAAAUACGAUAGACGCCCACUCUUCUACAGACUAUCCCUGUCUGACAUGAGUGUACCAUACGGUGAUCCACGACAUCCCUUCCACAAAAAGUCAGCCUUCGACCUGGGCGAUGCCGGUGCUGGGGCUACCGCCAAUAACCUCAAACUUGGAUGUGACUGUCUCGGCAGCAUUCAGUAUCUGAGCGGUGUCAUCUGCGACGACAAGGGAAAUGCACUGCCAAUGGAGAACGUGAUUUGCAUCCACGAGCAAGACGCCGGUAUUGGCUGGAAGCACACCAACUACAGAACCGGCAGAGCCGCGAUUGUUCGCUCACGAGAGCUCGUGCUCCAGUCUAUUAUCACCGUGUCCAACUAUGAGUACAUCCUCAUGUUCAUCUUCAACCAAGCGGGAGAAGUCACAUACGAAGUCCGAGCAACAGGCAUCCUAUCAACCCAACCCAUCGACCACGAACUAGACAAGGUUGGCGUACCUUUCGGUACAGUCGUUCACCCCGGUGUUCUCGCAGGCGUCCAUCAACACAUCUUUUCUCUCCGAGUAGACCCCAUGAUCGACGGCCACACCAAUCAACUCACCUACACAGAAGCCCACAAGAUCCCUCGCGAUCCUCAACGAAACCCACACGGAAGCGGCUACGAAGUCGUCGAAAAGACUAUCGACAAAACAUCCGGUCUCGAUAUCGACUACGAUCUCAGCCGUGUCUACAAAAUCACAAAUCCCAACUCCCUCAACCCCAUCAACGGCAAACCCGUUAGCUACAAAAUCCAAGCCCCACCGUUCCAGAAGCACAUGGGUGACGAAGACAGCUUCUUGCACAAACGCGCUGAAUUUGCGGAUCAUAACAUUUAUGUCACCACACAUCGUGACCGCGAGCUCUACGCGGGCGGUUGGUACACUAACCAAUCGCGUGGCGGCACUGGUGUGAGAAGCUGGGCGGAGAGGAAUGAGACGCUUACGCCGGAGUCUGAUAUUGUGGUUUGGGUACAGUUUGGCAUAAAUCACAUUCCGCGCAUUGAGGACUUUCCUGUUAUGCCGGUUGAGAUUCUCAAGGUGCAUCUUAAGCCUGUGAACUUCUUUACCAAGAAUCCUGCGUUGGAUGUGCCGCCGAGUGAGCAGACUGUGAAUCAGAGCACGCUUGUCGAGACUAAGAAGGAGGAGCCAGGAUGUGCCUGUGGGCCGUCAGUUGGCUCAAAGCUAUGA